GAAAUCAUCUCCAAUUUAAUUCCAUCUAAAAGAGAACUGUCAAAUGGAUGCAUGGUGAACGAUGUAAUUCGCUUUGGUAAUUGAGGAAACAAACAAAGCAAUUCUCAAUGUCUUCGAAGACGUAUAACGUACUGAAAAUGCUGAAGAUGGUUAUUUCAAUCAUCAUUGAUAGCGAACUUUAUAUAUCGGAUAUGGCAAAUGUGGAGUCUCCGUUAUUCGCGUAUCUGGUCCACGAACUAGGCAUGCCAUGGAGGCAAUUAUCGGUUCUCGGCGUGAACUAAAAGCACGUUAUGCCUAUCUCAAGUCCUUCAAUCAUCCAAAAACCAAAGAAGUAAUAGACAAAGGACUAGUUUUGUGGUUUCCAGGUCCCGCAUCAUUCACUGGUGAAGAUUCAUGCGAAUUUCAAGUGCACGGAUCCUUAGCUGUAGUAGCAGCUAUGUUGGAUGCGUUAGGAACUGUUGAGGGGCUUCGACCAGCCGCAGCUGGGGAGUUCACUAAGCGUGCUUUCUAUGGAGGAAAAAUUGAUUUAACUGAAGUGGAAGGUUUAGCGGAUCUUAUACAUUCUGAAACCGAAGCGCAACGGAAGCAGGCCCUACUACAAAGUUCCGGUGCACUCUCACGAGUUUACGACAGUUGGCGCAGACGCCUUAUACGUUGUUCCGCACAUUUGGAAGCCUAUAUAGAUUUUGCGGAAGAAGAAAAUAUAGAAGACGACGUUGUAUUGCAAUUGUCAAAAGAAUUGCGGCGAAUAAUAUCCGAAAUACGUAACCAUUUGAACGAUCAAAGGCAAGGUGAAUUACUAAGGAAUGGAGUGCGUACGACCAUAAUUGGUGCACCGAAUGUAGGGAAAAGUAGUUUGCUAAACAUGAUUUGUCAAAGAGAAAUUGCCAUUGUUACGCCAAUAGCUGGCACUACCCGUGAUAUCAUUGAGAGUACCCAUAAUUUUGGUGGUUAUCCCGUUAUAUUUGCAGACACGGCUGGUUUGCAUAAAAAUACAGACGACAUUGUUGAAUUGAAAGGCAUUGGUAAAGCAAAAGAAUGUUUGCAGAAUGCUGACCUUAUUCUAUUACUAACCGAUGCUCGUGAAUUGCUAAAAAAUAUAACAACAUUAAAAUGUUCACUUCAUGAAUAUCAAGUAGCCUACCUCAAGCAAUUAGAUUUGGACGUCAAUUCAUUGGUUGAUAAACGUAUACAACUAAUAGCCAACAAAAUAGAUUUACUCUCGCCGGAAGAAUUGCAAAAAUUGAUGAAAAUUUAUAACUUAUUUUGUAUAUCUUGCAAGCAACCGAAAGCGGAUGUCGUAAACCCGUUUUUAAAAGGGUUUGAAGGAAUUUUACGAGAACUAUGUGGCCAACCAACUGCGGAACAUCCACGCAUUACACAUGAGAGAUAUCGCCAACAACUCGAACGUUGUAUAGAGCAUAUAAAUAUUUUUCUUGAUGAAUAUGCGCCCGAUAUUUUCCCAGAUACCGCUAUUUCGGCACAAAAGCUGCGAAACGCUCUUAAAUGUAUUGAACGCAUUACAGGCCAUGUCAGUUCGGAUGAUAUUUUGGAUGUGGUAUUUAAAGACUUUUGUAUUGGCAAAUAAAUAAAGGGUUAAUAAAUCCUAAUAGUAGUUUAAGACAAAAUAUUGUAUUAACCAACAACGUUUUGUAAAUUGUGUUCAGUAGACAGUUAAAGUGACUACAAUGUCAUUUUUAACAUAAAAUAACAUCUGACAUUUUUAUUUUAUCAAGAAAACC